AUGAUGAGGAUUACAAGACUAACGUUCCCUCGAUUAGUGUUGCGUAGAUUCAACAGUACGAUCCACGACACCAAAGUCCUUGGUGACUUGACCAAUGAAGAAACAGUAUUUGGAAUAAUUAAAAAUCAUAAAUUAAAACAAACUGAGACUUAUGAACCUCAAGCGUUGAGCGAUAUUGAUGAUGAAAUACUAUCAUUAUUACAACACCCAGAGGUUGAUUUCAAUAAUCUGUUAUUGGCCAGAAUCUUAAGAUUGAAGUUGAAUACUGAAACCAACAUCAAAUUGAUCUCAGAAUUUUACAAUCAUCAACCAAAAGGUAUCAUUGAUAAAGCUACAUCCUUGGUUCCAUUAAGACAAUGUUUAUUUAAUGGAGAUAUUCAAAAUGCUUUGAAGAUUACUGACAUGACAGUAGGUCAUCCAAACUAUGUUGAACACAAAGAUAAGAUUUUUAAACGGAAUAUUGCUAGAUUAAUAGGAUCAAGUAUAUCUAUUUCUAUAUUUUCCCGAUUUGGUAUUGAAGAGUUAAUCCAACUCGGUUGGGUGUCUUCAGGAUGGAGUCAUAUGUCAGCUAUUAGUUCCCUUAUCAUCACCUAUUUACUUAAUUCCACAUUUUUAUUGACUAUAGUGAGAUUAGGUCGAACAGCUGUUGCUAGUGGAGGUGAUUAUCUUACCUGGCAAAAGGGAACAUUUUAUACUCAUUGGUAUAAACAUGCUGAUGAAAUGAUGAUGUGUUCAAAGAUUGUCGAAGCUGAUAUUAAACUUACAGGUGGAGGGAUUUCUGGUGGUGAACCAAGUGAGAGUUUAAAAGAUGAGUUAUCUAGAAUUAAUCCUCAUAAUACCAUGAAACCUGUUGCAGGUUAUAAUAAAGAUGGAGAAAAAAUCAGAUUAAUGAGAUUCAAAGAUAAUAUUGAAGAUAUUACCUUACAAGCUUAUUGGAUGAGUGGAGGUGAAGGAUUCGAAUGGGUGGAACCUGAUCAAGAUCCUGCUGAUAUUUUAUGGAGAAAUAAUUUGAUGAGACAAAAGUUAGAAACUUCCAGCACCAGAUCGAUUAAAUGGGCCGAACAAUUAAUCGAAGACACUAAGAAUUAA